AUGGCGCAGGUACCAGGGGAAGUGGACAACAUGGAGGGCCUGCCUGCCCCUAACAACAACAACCUUGCCGCCCGCUGGGACAGUCCAGACCGGGGCUGGGAGAGGGAGCAGCCAGCCUCCUCCACCGCAGCCGCCUCACUCUUUGAGUGCUCCCGGAUCAAGGCCUUGGCAGAUGAGCGCGAGGCUGUGCAGAAGAAAACCUUCACCAAGUGGGUGAACUCGCACCUCGCCCGCGUGGGCUGCCACAUCGCGGACCUCUAUGCGGACCUCCGGGACGGCUUCGUGCUCACGCGGCUCCUGGAAGUGCUGUCCGGGGAGCAGUUGCCGAGGCCCACGCGCGGCCGCAUGCGGAUCCACUCGCUGGAGAACGUGGACAAGGCGCUGCAGUUCCUGAAGGAGCAGCGCGUGCACCUGGAGAACGUGGGAUCGCAUGACAUCGUGGAUGGAAACCACCGGCUGACGCUGGGGCUGGUCUGGACCAUAAUCCUGCGCUUCCAGAUUCAAGUCAUCAAAAUUGAAACUGAGGACAACAGAGAGACGCGCUCAGCCAAGGAUGCUCUGCUCUUAUGGUGUCAGAUGAAGACAGCUGGUUACCCCGAGGUAAACAUUCAGAAUUUCACCACCAGCUGGCGGGAUGGCUUGGCCUUCAAUGCCCUCAUUCACCGGCACAGGCCUGAUCUCGUGGACUUCAGCAAACUCACCAAGUCCAACGCCAACUACAACCUGCAGAGAGCCUUCCGCACAGCUGAACAGCACCUGGGGCUGGCGCGUCUGCUGGACCCUGAAGAUGUGAACAUGGAGGCUCCAGAUGAGAAGUCCAUCAUCACCUAUGUGGUCUCUUUCUACCACUAUUUCUCCAAGAUGAAGGCUCUGGCUGUGGAGGGGAAGCGCAUUGGGAAGGUCCUGGACCAGGUGUUGGAGGUGGGAAAGAUCAUAGAGCGCUAUGAGGAGCUGGCGGCUGAGCUGCUGGCCUGGAUCCACCGCACCGUGGGCCUCAUCAGCAACCAGAAGUUUGCCAACUCAUUAAGUGGGGUGCAGCAGCAGCUUCAGGCUUUCACGGCCUAUUGCACACUGGAGAAGCCCGUCAAGUUUCAGGAGAAGGGGAACCUGGAGGUGCUGCUUUUCAGCAUCCAAAGCAAACUCCGUGCCUGCAACCGUCGCCUCUUCGUGCCUCGGGAGGGCUGUGGCAUCUGGGAUAUUGAUAAGGCAUGGGGCCAGCUGGAGAAGGCAGAGCAUGAGCGGGAGGCUGCCCUAAGGGCUGAGCUGAUCCGACAAGAGAAACUGGAACUACUGGCCCAGAGGUUUGACCACAAGGUGGCUAUGAGGGAGAGCUGGCUGAAUGAGAACCAGCGCCUGGUCUCCCAGGACAACUUUGGGUAUGAGCUGCCAGCAGUGGAGGCAGCCAUGAAGAAACACGAAGCUAUUGAGGCAGACAUUGCAGCCUACGAGGAGCGGGUACAGGGUGUUGCAGAGCUGGCCCAGGCAUUGGCGGCUGAAGGCUACUAUGAUGCCCGGCGGGUGGCGGCCCAGCGUGACAGUGUCCUGCGCCAGUGGGCCCUGCUGACUGGGCUGGUGGGUGCUCGGCGGACGCGGCUUGAGCAGAACCUGGCCCUGCAGAAGGUCUUCCAGGAGAUGGUGUACAUGGUGGACUGGAUGGAGGAGAUGCAGGCCCAGCUGCUGUCCCGGGAGUGUGGGCAGCACCUGGUGGAGGCAGACGACCUGCUGCAGAAGCAUGGACUGCUGGAGGCGGACAUCGCGGCCCAGAGCGAGCGGGUGGAGGCACUCAACGCUGCCGCUUUGCGUUUCUCCCAGCUGCAGGGCUACCAGCCCUGCGACCCGCAGGUCAUCUGCAACCGGGUGAACCACGUGCACGGCUGUCUGGCGGAGUUGCAGGAGCAGGCGGCGCGGCGGCGCGCGGAGCUGGAGGCCUCGCGGAGCCUGUGGGCGCUGCUGCAGGAGCUGGAGGAGGCCGAAAGCUGGGCACGAGACAAGGAGCGCCUCCUGGAGGCUGCGGGCGGCGGCGGCGGCGCGGCGGGCGCGGCGGGCGCGGCGGGUGGCGCUCACGACCUGUCCAGCACCGCGCGCCUACUGGCUCAGCACAAGAUCCUGCAGGGCGAGCUGGGCGGGCGGCGGGCGCUGCUGCAGCAGGCCCUGCGGCGCGGCGAGGAGCUGGCUGCGGCGGGCGGAUCCGUGGGCCUGGGCGCCGAGACUGUGCACCUGGCGGGCCUGGCGGAGCGCGUCUCUAGCGCCCGGCGCCGCUGGCAGCGGCUGGAAGAGGCGGCGGUGCGGCGCGAGCGGCGGCUGCAGGAGGCGCGGGCGCUGCACCAGUUCGGCGCUGACCUCGACGGGCUCCUGGACUGGCUUCGCGACGCUUAUCGCCUGGCAGCCGCCGGCGACUUCGGCCACGACGAAGCGUCCAGCCGCCGCCUGGCUCGCCAGCACCGCGCGCUCACGGGGGAGGUGGAGGCCCAUCGCGGGCCCGUGGGCAGCCUGCGGCGCCAGCUGGCGACACUGGGGGGUGCCAGUGGCGCCGGGCCGCUGGUGGUGGCGCUGCAGGUGCGCGUGGUGGAGGCUGAGCAGUUGUUCGCCGAGGUGACCGAAGUGGCCGCCCUGCGACGCCAGUGGCUGAGGGACGCGCUCGCUGUAUAUCGCAUGUUCGGCGAGGUGCACGCGUGCGAGCUGUGGAUCGGGGAGAAGGAGCAAUGGUUGCUCUCCAUGCGCGUGCCCGAUUCACUGGACGACGUCGAGGUGGUGCAGCAUCGAUUCGAGAGCCUGGACCAGGAGAUGAACAGUCUGAUGGGCCGCGUUCUGGAUGUGAACCACACAGUGCAGGAGCUGGUGGAAGGAGGCCACCCCAGCUCAGAUGAGGUGCGCUCCUGCCAGGACCACCUCAACAGCAGGUGGAACCGCAUAGUGGAGCUGGUGGAACAGCGCAAAGAGGAAGUGAGCGCGGUGCUGCUGGUGGAGAACCAUGUCCUGGAGGUGGCCGAGGUGCGCGCCCAGGUGCGCGAGAAGCGGCGAGCCGUGGAGAGCGCACCCCGCGCAGGGGGCGCCCUGCAGUGGCGCCUUAGCGGCCUAGAGGCCGCUCUGCAAGCGCUCGAGCCACGCCAGGCGGCCCUUCUGGAGGAGGCGGCCCUGCUGGCUGCGCGCUUCCCGACGCAGGCGGCGCGGCUGCACCAGGGCGCAGAGCAGCUGGGCACCGAGUGGGGCGGGCUAGCCAGCUCGGCUCAGGCCUGCGGUGAGGCGGUGGCGGCGGCUGGGCGCCUACAGCGCUUCUUGCAUGACCUGGACGCUUUCCUGGACUGGCUCGUGCGCGCCCAGGAGGCGGCGGGUGGCAGCGAGGGGCCCCUGCCCAGCAGCCUAGAAGAGGCGGACGCGCUGCUGGCGCGCCACGCUGCGCUCAAGGAGGAGGUGGACCAGCGCGAGGAGGACUAUGCGCGCAUCGUGGCGGCCAGCGAGGCGCUGCUGGCGAACGACGGCGCGGACCUAGGCCCGGGCCUGGCGCUGGACGAGUGGCUGCCCCACCUCGAGCUUGGCUGGCACAAACUGCUCGGCUUGUGGGAGGCGCGCAGGGAGGCGCUGGUGCAGGCCCAUGUCUACCAGCUCUUCCUGCGCGACCUACGCCAGGCACUCGCCGUGCUGCGUAACCAGGAGAUGGCGCUAUCGAGCGCGGAGCUCCCAAGCACAGUGGAGUCCGUGGAAGAGGCGCUGAAACGGCACCGGGAUUUUCUCACCACGAUGGAGCUGAACCAGCAAAAGAUGCAGGUGGCCGUGCAGGCUGCGGAGGGCCUGCUGAGGCAGGGCAAUGUCUACGGGGAGCAGGCCCAGGAGGCCGUGACCCGGCUGCUGGAGAAGAGCCAAGAAAACCAGUUACGGGCCCACCAGUGGCUGCAGAAACUACACGACCAGCUUGAGCUGCAGCACUUCCUCCGAGACUGCCACGAGCUGGAUGGCUGGAUCCACGAGAAGAUGCUGAUGGCGAGGGAUGGCACGCGGGAAGACAGCCACAAGCUGCAUAAGAGAUGGCUCCGGCACCAGGCAUUCAUGGCCGAGCUGGCUCAGAAUAAGGAGUGGCUGGAGAAGAUCGAGAGGGAGGGCCAGCAACUGAUGCAGGAGAAGCCAGAGCUGGCCGCCUCUGUGAGGAAGAAGUUGGGCGAGAUCCGGCAGUGCUGGGCGGAGCUGGAGAGUACCACCCAGGCCAAGGCGCGGCAGCUCUUUGAGGCCAGCAAGGCUGACCAGCUAGUGCAGAGCUUCGCUGAGCUGGACAAGAAGCUCCUUCACAUGGAAAGCCAGCUGCAAGAUGUGGACCCUGGCGGGGACCUGGCCACCGUCAACAGCCAACUGAAGAAGCUGCAGUCCAUGGAGUCCCAGGUGGAGGAGUGGUACCGCGAGGUGGGAGAGUUGCAGGCGCAGACGGCGGCGCUGCCGCUGGAACCCGCGAGCAAGGAGCUGGUGGGCGAGCGGCAGAACGCGGUGGGCGAGCGCCUGGUGCGCCUGCUCGAGCCCCUGCAGGAGCGCCGCCGCUUGCUGCUGGCCUCCAAGGAGCUGCACCAGGUGGCGCACGACAUAGACGACGAGCUGGUGUGGGUUCAGGAACGGCUGCCACUGGCCAUGCAGACAGAGCGAGGCAGCGGUUUGCAGGCCGUCCAGCAGCACAUCAAAAAGAACCAGGGCCUGCGGCGGGAGAUCCAGGCGCACGGGCCUCGCCUGGAGGAGGUGCUGGAGCGCGCGGGCGCGCUGGCGUCGCUGCGCAGCCCCGAGGCGGAGGCCGUGCGCUGCGGCCUGGAGCAGCUGCAGGGCGCCUGGGCCGGCCUGCGGGAGGCGGCGGAGCGGCGGCAGCAGGCGCUGGACGCCGCCUUCCAGGUGGAGCAGUACUACUUCGACGUGGCCGAGGUGGAGGCGUGGCUGGGCGAGCAGGAGCUGCUCAUGAUGAGUGAGGACAAGGGCAAGGACGAACAGAGCACCCUGCAGCUGCUCAAGAAACAUCUGCAGCUGGAGCAGGGCGUGGAGAACUACGAGGAAAGCAUCGCGCAGCUGUCGCGCCAAUGCCGGGCGCUGCUGGAGAUGGGGCACCCGGACAGCGAGCAGAUCAGCCGGCGGCAGUCGCAGGUGGACCGCCUGUACGUGGCGCUCAAGGAGCUUGGCGAGGAGCGCAGGGUGGGGCUGGAGCAGCAGUACUGGCUGUACCAGCUCAGCCGCCAGGUGGACGAGCUCGAGCACUGGAUUGCCGAGAAGGAGGUGGUGGCCGGUUCCCCUGAGCUCGGCCAGGACUUCGAGCACGUCUCGGUGCUGCAGGAGAAAUUCUCAGAGUUUGCCAAUGAGACUGGCACGGCAGGCCGGGAGCGGCUGGCAGCUGUGAACCAGAUGGUGGAUGAGCUGAUUGAGUGUGGCCAUACGGCAGCGGCCACCAUGGCCGAAUGGAAGGACGGCCUGAACGAGGCCUGGGCGGAGCUGCUCGAGCUCAUGGGCACACGGGCCCAGCUGCUGGCCGCCUCUCGAGAGCUGCACAAGUUCUUCAGCGACGCCCGAGAGCUUCAGGGACAGAUCGAGGAGAAGCGGAGGCGGCUGCCCCGCCUGACGGCCCCACCGGAGCCGAGACCCAGUGCCAGCUCCAUGCAGAGGACCCUGCGAGCCUUUGAGCAUGACCUGCAGCUCCUCGUGUCCCAGGUGCGGCAGCUGCAGGAAGGGGCAGCCCAGCUGCGGACGGUGUACGCGGGCGAACACGCCGAGGCCAUCGCCAGCCGGGAGCAGGAGGUGCUGCAGGGCUGGAAGGAGCUGCUGGCAGCCUGCGAGGACGCCCGCCUGCACGUCAGCUCCACGGCCGAUGCCCUGCGCUUCCACAGCCAAGCCCGUGACCUGCUCUCCUGGAUGGAUGGUAUCGCCGGCCAGAUUGGGGCAGCUGACAAGCCCAGGUGCCCCUCAUCCCUCCUCGGGCUUCCUACCUGUCUCUGGCAGCCUCCCUUGGCCACCCCCAGCCCAUCAACAAUCCCCUUCCCAUGAGAAAUCAUGACAGUCAGUACCUGCGUGGCACCUGUAUGUGCCAGGCACUGUUCUAGAUCUUUCAUGUGUAUCAAUCAGGACCCCUUGUCAGGCCCGGCUCCCAGUCACCGUGGGCAGGAUUGGGGACUCAGGACAUGGGGCCUCCUCCUGCCCUCUGUCCUUCCCAGUUGCCCACUACCGCCCUCUCCAUGGGGAUGUCACAGCAUGGGACGGGCUGAAGCCAGCACAGGGGCAGGGGAGGUGCGGGACUGUAUUUGUCAGGGUGGGGAACAACGGUAACAAACAGUCCCAGCAUCUCAGUGGCUUAACCCAGUAGGCACCGAUUUAGUGCUCACGUGAUGGUUCAGUGUGAGCGUCCGGCACAAGUCUCUCCCACGGUGAUUGGGAGCCGGGGUCCUUCUGUCCCUUGGUCCUGGGAGUCAUUUGCUGGACCCUCUGCUGCCGCAGGUGGGAAAAGACAACAGGAGGCUCAUGCGGGAGGUCGGAGGGACUGAGCCUGCACUCACACGCUGCCGGCCGAGUGGCCCAACCCGUCUGCCAGGGAGGCUGGAAAUUUAGUCCCAUGGUGUGGCCAGGAAGAAAAGGACCUGGAAGGUGGUGGCCACUGGCAAUGUUUCUGUGAUUGUGGGGUCUUGAGCCUGCAUUCGGUUACUCAGCAAAUAUUUGUGGAAUGCCUAUUGUGUGCCGGAUGCCCAACAAGGCCAAGCCUUUGCCCCGAGGCAGCUCACAUGGUGAGGGAGGAGACAGGCAGCAGAUGAGUAAACAAACACGUCCUGUAACUUCAGAAAGGAAUAAGUGCUAUGGAGAAAAAUAAAGUGAGGUAAAGCAACAAGGCGAUAGCUGGCGAGGUCACUCUGAGGCUGUGGCGUUUGAGUGGAGAUCUGAAUGGGGCGAUGGGGGAGCCGGGUAAAGUUUUGGGGAAAGGGUUUUUCAGGUGGAGGGAUCAGCAAGUGCAAAGGCCCUGAGGUGGGUGUAGUCAGGCACAAAUGAGGAGGAGUGAGGCGAUCAUUGUGUGUGGCUGGAUGAGGGAGGCGACAGUCAACAGUGAGAGGAAACUGAGAACAGAGGGGCAGUAGCUGCCUGGAAGCCAUGCGUGGUGAGGAGUGUGUCUUCUCUCUGAGGAAGAUGGGAGUCAUGGGAGAGUUUAGAGUGGGAGGAGAGGGGGGAUGUGAUGUACAUUUGAGAAAAAUCACCCCAGCUGCUUGUAGGGAACACACUGUGGAAAACAAACGUGGAUGUAGGUAGACCAGCCAGGAGGCCACCGCAGUGAUGCAGGUGAGAGACCAUGGUGGUCUGGGCCAUUGUGGGGGUUGUAGAGAUUGAGAGCAAGCAAGGGUUUGGUUUUAGGAAUUUUAAAGUCUUUUUCUUAUGAAAAAAU